UUUUUUUUAUAUAUACAUAUAUAAUGUCACCAAAGUCUUCUGCAAAGAAAAGGAAAGCACCAGAAACAAAUCAGUCCACAUUGGAUUCGUUCAGAAUUACGCAGAAUGCAAGAUCAAAAGCCACUGCGCAGUCAAAUACACCAUCAAAUACCAAUAAUAACAACUCUGAAACUUUAAGACAACAUACUGACAAGAAGGAUACCAUCAUGGCUGGAACGUCCAACAAAGGAAAGGAUGCAAUCAAUGUCACUACCUUAUUGGGUAGUUUUAGACGACAAGCAUUAGUUGAUAGGAUUGAAGUGCGUAACUUCAAGGAAGCACAAUCAACUUUGUUUUCUGAUUCACAAUUGGAAGAUGCUUGGUCAACACUAGGUGCUCUUGUAGAUGCCAUUCUGAACGCUAAAACUGUAAAAACAAGCUUUCAAGUAGCAUAUGAACUCUGUCAAAAUCUUUGUCUAUAUGGAAAAUCAAAAGACUUAUAUGAUUAUUUGAAAUCUGCAUUGGAUCGACAUAUACAACAAGAAAAGGAAAUACUGGUAGCGGAGUCGGAUCACGACGCGUUCUUAUUUACGUUAGACACUCAUUGGAACAGACUAUGCGAUCAACUGGUGACUAUCCGAAAUGUAUUUAUGGAACUUGAUAGACGAUUCGUUUUAUCAGAAACAAGCUAUACAUCAAUAAUACAUUUAGGAAAACAACUCUUCAAAAAAUCGAUAAUGGAAUUACCUCGGGUACAAUCAAGAACAAUACAAGGCAUACUAUCACUGAUCAAACAAGACAGAGAAGGCAUUGAAGUGGAUUUGAAAUUACUACGAUCUAUCACUGGUAUACUAUUGGAUUUAUCUUUAUAUACGGACUUUUUUGAACCUAGUCUUAUUAAGGCAACAGUGGAAUACUACAAUACAGAAGGAACACAAAAAAUACAGGAUUUAUCAACACCUGAUUACCUAUUAUAUGCAAAUGAACGAAUACAACAAGAAAGUGGAUAUCGUAUUAGUACAUACUUGGACGAAACUACAAGAAUACCUUUGACAGAAGCCGUUACUGAUCGUCUCAUCUAUUCAAAGUGUGAUCAAAUUUUAUCCCAAGGCUUUGAACGUAUGAUGGAUCGAGAUGAAAAAAAACAAUUACAUAUUCUAUAUCGGUAUCUAGAACCAAGUAAUCUACUCGGAGGAUUGAAACAAGCAUUUGCGGAUUGUGUCAAGAAAAAAGGUUUGGAUCUAUUGAAGGAUCCAGCAAAAGAUCAGCAAAUGGUGGUGGACUUGCUGGAUUACAAACUCAAGCUCGACAAAGUGAUUCAAUCAUCAUUUGAUAAUAACUCUAUAUUUACCAAUGCUUUAAAGGAAAGUUUUGAAAGCUUCCUUAAUUCCAGAAAGAAUAAACCUGCAGAAAUGAUGGCCAAGUUUAUUGAUAUCCGAUUACGAUUAAGCAACAAAGAACCGGAAAAAGAUACUGAACAUUUAAUGGAAAGAGUAUUGGUGCUAUUUCGAUUUUUACAAGACAAGGAUAUAUUUGAAGCAUUUUACAAGCGCUUUUUAUCAAAACGGUUAUUACUUCAUAGGUCUGUAUCCACUGAUCUAGAGAAAAAUGUAUUGUCCAAGAUCAAGUCAGAAUGUGGACCCGACUUUACAAAAGAUUUGGAACUAAUGUUCAACGACAUGGAAAUAUCUGCAGAACUCAAUUCUACAUUCAAAGAAUCCGAUGAGUACAAAAGAUUGGGCAAUGUAUCAAUCUCUGUUAAUGUUCUUGCUCAAGGAAUAUGGCCAUCGUAUCCUAUCUCUGAUAUCAUUUUACCUGCUAACAUGAUGAAAACACUGGAAGCCUAUCAAACAUUUUACACCAACAAGUUCAAAGGUCGAAAACUCGCUUGGCGGAAUUCUAUUGGAUCCUGCAUCGUCAAAGCACAUUUCCCAGCUUCAACCAAGGAACUAUCAGUUACUUUAUUCCAAACGGUGGUGUUACUACUGUUCAAUGACAAAUCGAAAGAUACAAUCAAAUAUAAUGACAUUGUCAAUGCCACAAGUCUAGCUGACAAGGAACUGAAACGGGUUUUACAUUCACUAUGUUGUGGCAAAUUCAAAAUAUUGAUCAAAGAACCUCAGAAUAAUAUAAUCUCGGAAAAUGAUACAUUUAAAUAUAACGACAAGUUCACAGCAACGGCCACGCGUUUGAAGAUCAACAUCACUCAACAAGAACAAGUUAUAGAAGAACGGAAGGAAACUGAAACUAAGGUUCUAGUGGAUAGACAACACAAGUUGGAAGCGGCAGUUGUACGGAUCAUGAAAGCAAAGAAACAAAUGACUCAUAAUGCUCUACUGAACGAACUCUUUGUGCAAUUGAAAUUCCCCAUUGAUGCCACGGAGAUCAAGAAAAGAAUUGAAUCACUGAUCGACAGAGAAUAUCUUACGCGCGAUCAAACGGACAAUUCGUUAUACCUCUAUCAAAGCUAAGAAUAGAUUAUCUAGUUUAGUUAUUAUAGUUGAUUAUUGACACAUUUGGUGUGUGUUUAUCAUUGUGCCAUUUGGCGAUUCAAAUCAAUAAAUAAACAUGCAACUUCAUCCUAUGGAUUGUACAACUUGUCCUUCUAUCUCCGCUGCAUGAAUUCGG